GGCGAAUUUGUUGUUCCCAUUCCCGUUUUUUUAGACGCAGUUUCUGAUACAGUGAAGUGGCCAAUGGCACCGGCUACAUUGUACCAACGGGAAAACGCUUCACUUAGCUACAUCAUUUGUUUUGAAUUUUGCGCUACGCUUGUGAGUAGUACGAGUUGAACUCUAGUAUGGAUCUAUCACAAUAUAUAUAUAACAACGAAUGUAUAACAUAGAGUGUGUAUUAAGUUAUUUGCAUGUGACUAGCGUAGAGCGUGUAUUGGGCCUCUUAUUUGCCCUUUUCUAGAUAGGCACCCUUCGUUUAAAUGCCUGUAGGUUGUUCUCUAUAAAGUGUUGACUAGGCACGUGUGGUACGAAAAAAACAGGUACGCGCUUGUCGCAGGAUCAGAACCGAUCGUCCCGCCGCCGGUCAACUCUCCCUGAGCGGACUGCACUGCAGAGACGGGACAAUCAUGAUUGUUGCUGCUAUUUACACAAACAGACGCAGCGGCCGGCAGCCACAAGCUAUAAUGUCCGUUCGAAAUCCCCUGUCCGAGGAACACUGCCGCUGUGGGCUUCGCUCCGUCUCAUAGAGUGUAGUACAGCUGUUGAUUAAGCGACGUUGUCGUCAUCCUGUGUUGUUCAUGUUGUUAGCUUAUUUGGAAGCGCCUUACCGUGAUACCGUAAAGUGUCUGUACAGUUGUAGGCGGAGGUUAAGCGUCGACGGAACGGGACAGUUGGACUCGCCCAUCUAUUAUAACCACUGCUGAUUCUGUUGGUAUCACAAAGGUAUUGCCACGCUUCAACUUUACGAGGGUGUAUUAGUUGGGGGGACGAAAAGGAUAGCUUUUUGUGUGAGUGAGUGGGUGCGGUGAAGAAGGGGACAGAUACAUCAGGGCCAAAAGAGAAAAAGGUAGUGCUUCUGAAACUGUUCCAACGAACUCACCUGUUCCCGCCUUUCAUCCGGUUCUCCGCUGACUCCGUGGGACUGUUAGGAUUUCUGGGGAAUCCGGGUGGUAUUUAAUUGCAAAGGAGCUGAGUGACUGGUUCAGCGGUGCAAUGCGAUCGAUCUCAUCUGAUCUCACUGCGGUCCUAGCUGUAACGGAAGGACGUGCUCUGUGUAACCAGUCCGCUUACUCACCUCGCCAACUAGACCCAUGUAUACGAAACACGAAGUCAUGUAUAUUAUCGGAGUUCACUUGAUAAGCAGGCCACCUUUCGUUAUAACGAAAUACCAGCGCUUAAUUAUACACAGCCAGUUUGUUCGCCCUUUCCUUACAAUAGCGCAGCAAAUAACGUGUUUGCUUGCUAAAAGUAGGGACACGUGGUAGUUUAGGUCCGAGUUCAGGUGUAGGGAUGCCGCGCUUCGUGCUGGGAGCCAAUCCUCUGGAAUGAAAGAUAACAGCUCAACUACCGGACGUAGAACACGUAAAAAAUUUAGUUCAUCUAAUCGUUAUGUUCGACCGUUGAAGCCCGCAUUAGCCACUGAACUGGUCUGGCUUAUCUGUGAACCUCAUGUGAUGCCGAAACUUCCGCUCAAACCAAAACAGCUCCUUAGUUCGCCGGGCUGUCUAAGCAGCUCAGGCUAUUUAGCGAAAAACCAGUCUGUGUCUGCAAUGAAGUUACGGCGAAAUGAAUGUUAGAAGUAGAAUCAAGGACACCGUUUGCGGUUGAACCUAAACGAAGGAUUAGAUUUAUCGGCCAACAACUCUUACUGGACGUCGCUGUGCUGAUGGCAACGACGGCGGCAGGGCGGCGAAAGCUGCUUACCUUUAGAUUCGCUUAGCUGGCCGUCGACAGUUCGACCCACCAUUUGAUCCCGAUGGACGAGUAUGCGUAAAUGAAGUGGACAGUUCAUACAACGAUUGGAGUAAGCAGGUCAGAGCGCGAGCAACAAGUAGGCCUCUCAGACACGAUUACGGUGCCGUAGCUGCGAUUCGAGCCUUGGUGUCAUUGACUACGAUUUCCACUCCUGUGGGCAACUCUGGGGUGAGCAGCGCGGCUUUCACUAACGAUUGGGGAGCAGAUUUGCGUGAGGAGUUGCGCAAUGUUUCAGCACUGCCGGUAAAAGCAAUAGCAAGUCAAAGAAAAACAACACGACGAAGAAAUCUCCUCCAGGUUAACAAUAAGGAUCGGUUCACAUAAAGGGUGUACCGUUUGUCAGCUAGGACGAUGUCGGACUGCACGGAUGCUGGGGAGGUCAAUCCCCACAAGAAAUACUAUAGGGAACCUAUGCACCGAAUUUUCGUUAACAGGUCCCUUCACCUUGACAAAAUUAAGUUUUUCGGUUUCGAUAUGGAUUACACUCUCGCACAAUAUAAAAGUCCAGAGUACGAGGCGGUACAAUUCAACAUGCUUGUCGAUCAACUGCUUAAAAUUGGCUACCCGAAAGAACUAAAACAGUUUCAGUUCGAUCCUAAUUUUGCCAUCAGGGGGUUGUGGUUUGAUACCAUUUAUGGUAACCUGCUCAAAGUAGAUCCUUAUGGGAACAUCCUCGUGUGCUGCCAUGGAUUCAAGUUCCUUAAAACGUCCGAGAUCUACGAGUUGUACCCGAAUAAAUUCAUAAAGCUUGAAGAGUCCAGGGUGUUCGUUUUAAACACGAUGUUCAAUUUGCCUGAAACAUACCUGCUCGCCUGCCUUGUCAGCUAUUUUACAACGACAUCUGGAUACACUUCCACGAAAACAGGUGUGAAUAUGGGUAACCUAUUUAUGUCGUUCAAGACAAUCUUCCGUGAUCUUCGUUGUGCAAUGGACAUGAUGCAUGACUCAUUUCAACCGACCCCGAAAGAUCCCUGUUGCGAGCGCUGGAAGAGGCCACGAUGGAACAUUCUCAAAAACGAGACUGUCGACAAUCUCGAGAAAUACGUGGAGCGAGAUGAACGGCUUCCGCUGCUGCUCGACCGUAUGCGGGCUCACGGAAAAACCGUGUUCCUGUUGACGAACUCGGAUUUCGCCUAUACCGAGCGGAUAAUGACGUUCUUGUUCGAUUUCCCGUCGUGUAAGAAAAACUGGAAGACCUAUUUCGAUUACAUAGUAGUUGACGCGCGGAAGCCGCUAUUCUUCGGAGAGGGAACGAUUCUUCGACAAGUAAACACAGAAACUGGCGGUUUACGUAUUGGAAAACACGUGGGCCCCUUGCAGCCUGGUCAGGUCUAUUCAGGAGGCAGCUGCGAUGUAUUCAAUGAAUUUUUGGGUGCAAAGGGCAAAGAUGUGCUCUACGUUGGAGACCACAUCUUCGGAGACAUUCUGAAAUCAAAAAAGACGCGGGGAUGGCGUACAUUUUUACUCAUCCCGGAACUGGUAAACGAGCUCAAUGUUUCCAUGACUGAAUGGCCGCUUUUCGAGAAACUGCAGGAGUACGAUGUGCAAUUGGCAAACGUCUACCGGAACUUAGAUUCCAGUUCGACCGAAAACCCUGAUAUAACAUCUAUUCAGGAUAGAAUCAGGGAAACCUCCCACAAUCUCGAUAUGUGUUACGGUAUUUUCGGGUCGCUGUUCCGGUCCGGGUCUCGGCAAACUUUCUUUGCAAAUCAAAUCUGCCGAUUCGCCGAUAUCUACGGCUACACGUUCCUCAACCUGCUUUACUAUCCGUUUACGUAUAUGUUUCGUUCGCCCGCGAUGCUUAUGCCUCACGAGUCCACUGUCGACCAUGACGAUUCGCACAGUGACGUCAGCAUACUUCCCUCCAAUUACGGGACCAAUAAUCGAAAGGCAUCCGUCGUCAACAACAGUGGUUCAAAAGUGCCGGAAACGCCGACGCAGGUUACCCACCACCACGACAUGGACGACGACGACGAGGAAAACGGCAGGCAGUGACGCUUUCAACCCCAAUACAAAUAUUCGAACGGCGUGACAGGCUAGUGUCGCGAAGACUCGCUUCGAGUGACGCAUCACGACUUGUGGCUUACGUGUCCACUGAUCGAUGGAAGCACCAAAAUACAGUAAAA